CUCUUCCUCUUCUCUUCCUUGCUUGCACCCUCCUCUACUCUCCAUGUCUUUAGUCUUCUUCUCUACUCUCUGUUCUUCCUGUAUAUAUACAGAGUUUGCCCUUGUCCAAUUAUAUAUAUAUAUAUAUAUAUAUACACACACAAUACGAAGGACAAAUAAUCUCUCUUGUCGAACAAGUUCCUUCAGCUUUCUUUAAAUUAGAUUUGCUUCUCUUUUUUCUCUGGUCUUAAAGGAAAAAAGAAGAUUCAUCAGGCAACUACAUAAGAAGAAGAAGAAGAAGAAGGAAAGAAAGAAAGAAAAGCAGAAAGAAGAAGGAAGAGCAGAAGGCUCAGGCACAUGGGUAGCAGAGCUAUCUGUUGUUUAAUCUUUUGGGUAUUUGCUAUCUUCCAUUCAUCAGGUACAACAGGAAUUAGCAAGAAGGUUGUAGUUGGAUAUUCAGACCAACUAGACCAUGAAACAAAACAAAUACAUAUCACUUCCACUACUAAUAGCCAAAAAGACAUUACAACUCCUAUAACAACCGUUCCUACCAUUAUUCCGGCCAAUCCUGCCUCAUCAACUCCGAUCAUAAACCCGAAUUCGGACCCUGAUUCCACAUCACCCGCAACCAUGACACCGAUGAUAACCCCAGCUACAUCAUCAUCGUCAUCGCCAUCUUCACCUGGAGCUAGCUGGUGCACCGCUAGCCCAAGUGCAUCACCAACAGCAUUACAAGUAGCUCUGGAUUAUGCUUGUGGCUACGGUGGUGCCGAUUGUUCAGCGAUCCAGUCUGGUGGAAAUUGUUAUAAUCCCAAUACUCUUCAUGAUCAUGCUUCCUAUGCAUUCAAUAGCUAUUACCAGAAGAAUCCUAUACCGAGUAGCUGCAAUUUUGGAGGAACUGCUGUUACUACUAGCACUGAUCCGAGCACUGGGACAUGUCAGUAUCCAUCCACUAGCACAAGCUCAUCUGUUUUGAACACUACAAAUUCAAAUGGAGCAAGAGUUUUUGGGGCAGUACCAUCAAACCCAACCCCUUCUACACCAACAGCGGCUGCUGCCAAAACUGAUAAUAUUAAAUUGAUAUGGGUCACAUCUCUUAUCCUGCUUUCGGCUAUACAUUAUUAUCUUCAAUCACCUCUAAUUUCUUCUCUAUAAUUAAUCAGCAAAUCUCUCAUUUGCUUGCCACAGUCAAAUGUGACUGAGGAAGCAUGAAAAAGGCUUUAGCCUUAGGCCACAGAUUUUAUUUUAAAAUUUCUCAACUCUAUUCCAUGUGUAAAGUAGUGUUAGCCAUGCAAAGAUACAAGUAGGCAACCAUAGUGCAGCUUCAUUUUUGGAUUCUGCUAACUUUAUACAAAAAGAAUUUACCUGUCUUUUUCUUUGGUUGGUGUGUGUGUGUAUAUAUAUAUAUUUCUUGCCCCU